GUCAUUUUUCCACCGUGUGAUGAUUCUCCUUUCGUUGUGCAGCUUCAGCACAAAAAAAUAAAAACAACUGCACAACACAUGACCUCAUAUCUUCGAUACUGCAGGCGUUCUUUUGCCAUAGCUACUUUGCGUAUGCGCAAAAAGGUUUCUUCCUCGAAACGCCUUGCCCCCUGUUACAAUAUAAUUCCCACAUUGAAGAAUUUUUUUGCGUAAUAAAGCUAAAUACAAACAACACACUCUUCAACUAAACCCCAAACAAUGAGUAUUAUUAUUCUUUUCUACGACGAACAUUUUUACUAUUACAUUUACACCUGUUUAUUUUCCGUGAGAAAAAAUAUGAAAAAGAAGAACUUUCUUCAUCUACCGAUUUCCCAAUCAAAUUACGCACGAUUUUUUUGCGCCCACAUUUUUCAUUUUCUGGAUCCAUCGAAAGCUCUAACCAAAUAUCGACCUUAUUAUAGUUAACUUCUUUUUAAUUGUUUUUUCUGUUACCGUUGUAGCGUACUUCAUUUUCAUUUUAAAUUUUGCAUUUUUUUGUUGUUUUACUUUUACAUGAAAGCGCAUUUAUUUUUUAUCACCGGGUAUUUUUCAAGUAUCAGUAUUUUUUUAUCGUCCCCUUAACUAACUCGUUUAAACAGUUGCACCACCCGAACAAUAUCUAACUACUAAUAUCAUACGAAUACGAAAAACGAAAAGAAGACCAAAGCUGCCAGGCCCAUGCCGGUCCUCUUCUACGGGAACCCGAAACGCACGGGCGGGCAGCAGGUCCAGCAGAGCGUGAGCGCCCCCGCCCUCCAUGCUGUGUUGUACCUCGACCCGGAGGUCCAGCAGCGCGCCCCAGUGCCUGGACAGGUCGUGCAGCAGGACGGGGAGAUGAACGCGCAGGCUAGACAGGAGGAUAAACAAAGAGAAAGCACUGAAACAGCACCAGCAGAAGCCCCUCGUGCCUUCAUCAAGGGGUUCUUCGACUUCAUUCCACUGCUUCGCGGGAACGGCAGGGAACAAGAAAAGCAGCUUGCUCCAGAAGAACGUCACCUAUUCGAAUCGAGAGGCACACGACAAGCACGAGGAGAAAGGCACCAGCACAUCAGCCUUGCUGAGCAAGAACAUGAUUGUUGUGACUCACGAGGAGCACCUCACCACGCCGAGAUAUUAAUGACUAAUUGGUCGGCGUUUGUUGAUGUUUUUGACGAGUUCUCCUGGCCGCAAGAGCGACAUGAUCAUGCUCGUCGACGACCGACGGUUCUUUUACAACACCAUUUCCUUCACUGGUUCUUCCUCCUCGCGCUCGUCCUCGUCCUUUCUCCUGCGUUAUUGACGCAAGAAGGGCACAACUAUACUGCUUUCGCCGUGAAAGUCGUGCAAGGUAACCAGGUCACCAGCGACCACGUGCCUGGCGACCCGGAGACGUCGAGGAGCGCGGCCGCCGUGGCCGAUUCGAGCACGACCGCUGCCUCUGUGAUGUCCGCACAUCGCAUGUCGUCCCCGUCCGAGUCCGGUACAACUACAAGCCUCGUCGAGGGAGGGCGCCCUACUACAACUGGCGCGUCCGCUUCGCCCGGGCCGGGGCGAUCGAAACGAGUCAAGUGGGGAAACCUCCGCGGGAUAGCUGCUCGGCAGCAGGUGCUUGCAGUUGACCGAGACGAGCUCAAUGAUGUUGACUAUCCUGUAGAGCAAGAAGCUUGUCGCACGCGACCGCGGCUGUCGUGUAGUUCUUGCAGAUUAUAUAUAUAUAGCUCGAGGAUGAAGAGAAUGAGAAGAACCAGGAGAACAAAGAGAUGCAUGUUGAUGGAGAGUCUGUCUCAUUCUCCUCUUGUUGCUGAUGACCAUCGUCACGACAAAGUGCAUCGUUUUGGAAGACAUAAUGAAAAUUCUUUACUCGUAAAAGUAAAAAACGAACUACAGCAACAUCAAACUCAUCUGCAACAUACGCGACCACGCGGGAUCAUGCAUGCGACAUUAUUGAUUUUGCAAUGCAUAAUAGCUCUUCCACUCGACGAUCUCCGCACAGCUGGUUGGCCGCCUUCUCUGCGUUUUUGGAAACACUACGAGCUGAUUAUUUUCGGCAGAAUGUUCUUGACGAGGCCAAAGGUCCGGCUUUGAAAGGACAGCAAGAAGGACGAGUCGAACAGUCGCGGGGAACAAACGACGGCCAGAUCAACAAGCCUCCUCCUGCGACUGACAGCCAUCUUGAGCAGGAUGGCAUGAAGACGACCAAGGUGAAAGAAAAACGGGCACUGCACUCUUGCAACGAGAUGAGCAAGACCAGGCGUUCUCCGAAGCUGAAAGGUCCGCAACAUCGGAGGCGGACGCACUGGCCCCGUCAGGCUCAUCUCCAGAGGACCGACACGGCGGUGAUGUUUCUCCGCCCGGUGGAACAUUGA